GGUCAAUUACAGGAAUGUGUCACUGUACAGUGCUAUUCAUCUGCUGCUGAUUGUACUAGUAAUACUAAUGGAGUCAGUCUUGCAGCUAUUGACUGCUGUAAUAGAACUGGUGGAGGAUAUAUAUCUCAUUCUUCACUAGCUGCACAGUGUGGUGCAUGUGUUGUUGUUGGUUUUGAUCAAACACGUGUGCAUAUUGGUCCAAGUGAUGCUGGUAGAAGAUACUCAUUUACUGCUGAUGUACUCCUCAGUACUCCUGGGGCUCCUGAUGUUACUGAUCUGGAUUAUAAUAUUUCACGAGAACCAGCUAUGCCAGUUGAUAGUAGAUAAUUUUUAUAAACUUUAUAUUUAUUUUUCUCUGAUCACAGUUGAUGACUACUUAAGCUCAGAUUUUACUGGACGAACCAAUUGUUGGCUACCAGAAAGGUUUUACAUAGGAUAUGUAUCACGAGGGAAUGCAGUUGCUCUCCAACCAACUCUUUCAUUCAAUUACACAAUUGCUGUUGAAACUGGUUGGUAUAAUCCACCAAUACCAUCAGGAGCUGUACUUGUAUAUAAACUUCUUAGUAUUACAAUUGAUGAUAUAGACAUAAUUACUGUUAGUUUGAGAAGAUCAUGUACAUGCCUUUCUCAUUCACCAUUAUUAGAAGGCAGUAGUGCUAUAGCUAGAGUUGAACGUCAAAUAAUUACAUAUGAAGCUCCUUUUGAAGUCACUGUCUCACUUGAGAGGUAUACUGGCCCAUUGACUGGAGAUGAAGCUGCUGUGGGAGACUUUGAUCUCUUUAACUUUACUGAGCAACGUAGUAUCAUGUUUCAACCAACAACAGCAUAUCACUUUCAAUUUGAUCAACCUUUUGAACAUGUGACUUUCUUCAUCCCACGAGAUAAUAUUGUGGAGUUACAAGAAGUGUUUAGGUGGAGACUCAGUGUUAAUGAUUCUAGAGUUAGACUAGAUCCUGACACUCAAGUAGCAAGACUUGACAAUCGAGAUGUUUUUGGUAUUGGUUUUAAAGACCUACAUAUUACUAUUAGAGAAGGAGAAGUUGCCCCAUUAACUAUAAAGCAGAUAGGAAAUCAGACUGGCGGUGUAGACAUCGGAGGCUUUCCAGAGGAACGUUUAACACCAGUUCAAUUGAAACACAUAUCUGAAACUGGUACAAGUGAUAAGUGCAUACUUUGAAUCAUUUUUGUUGUGUUCUGCUCAGUUCAGUUUUAUUAAGUUUUAUAAUUCUACUGUA